AUGAGGUCCUGGUGGUCCGCUGUCUUGAAGAAACGUUCUUCGUUAAACACAUCAUAUUGUUAUUUGAGACGUCUCUACUGUGAAACACUGACAUCAAAUAAAAGAGAAUUCUACAAUGAUGAGCAAACAGCAACUCCAUUCCAGAGCGUCGAAACAUCACCAGUGUUGAAAUUGAAUGAAAGGCAUCAGAAGAGAAUAUUAUCUGUCUUAAAUGAUCUUUCAGCAAAAACCUUGUGCUCACUGACAGAGAUGGAAUCAACACAAUCUUUAGUGAAAAAUAUUCUGGAGUAUCGUUUAAAGAAUGGGAAAAUUUCCAGUGUGAAUGAGUUAUUAAAAGCUAAUGUUGGAAGUUACGAAUGUCUUCAAAGUAUGUGUAAGGAACUACAGCCACUGGAGCUCUUGUAUACACACUUCUGUCACCCUGGUCUGUUAGAAAGACAAAUUGAGAAGCUACAAAGCAUAGUUGUGAUUGAUAUUAAUGUUACCAAGUCAGUGACCUGGAUCAAAGUGAAUCGACAGUUAGAAGUUGAGGAUUGGAAUCAUGUCUUCUUAAGUGAAGAGCUUACAGUGAACCUCUUUGAUCAUGUAUCCCACCAUCAAAUGAUAAAAGCAGCUUUGGCUGAAAUUCCAGGAGGCUGUGUCUACAUCAUUAGAGAGCCUGUUCGCAAAUACAGAAAACAAAAUCUGUACAAAUACGACAAAGAAGACCUCUAUAACAGCAUGCUACGUUCAAUUUUCAUGACUAUGUUGAGAGCACGCAUAGAGACAGAAGAUUCAGAUGUGCAAGUUGUGGAUAUAAAGAGGAUACCGGAUAUUUAUAAAACAGAUAUUGUGAAGCACUUUGGUGCUGCAUAUGUGAAUAACUACAAGUUAUUGAGGAAAACGAUGAAUGAGAAUCAACCAGAUAUAUUAAAAAUACAGUUAGAAUCUUUUCCAGAAUUGCAUGACAUUACUCUCAGGGAACAGCAUGCAAGUGUAGCACUCUUAGCCAAUUCCUUUUACAAACUUGUCUUGUGUGAUCGAUAAAUUCUGUCAAGCAUGGCCAUCUUAUGUUUGAAUAUAUGAAAGUUCGAUGAAAAUCAUCAAGGAACUAAACAUUUUACAAACUUUUCAAUAUUUUGGUCAUGACUACAAACUUUCAUAAGAUUAUGAAAAAAACAGUUUUCUGGUUCUUUGAAUCAGGAUUCUUCUCUUGUCUCUUGUCAACUGCAAAACUUUUUAAGGUGUGAUUUAUUAUAGAAAGGGAGAUAAAAUUGUUUGACAAUCAAAACAUAAGUAAUUUUCAUUAGCAUACUAAUCGUGGUACAAAUUUUUGUAAGAAUGUGAUUGUGCAAGUUAGCUGAUUAACCCUGAAGAUUUUUAUGUAAAACCAUUA